GUUUUAGUUUCGGAAUUGUGUAGAUUUCUGCUCAAAUUUUAAGAAAAUAAUAUUUAAUUUUGAAAUGUGAAUUUUUAAAAUGAACUGAUCACUAAUUUAAGAGCAAGAUAUGAUGGGUUGUUUGUGUGCCAAAGCAAAAUCAGGUUCUAAAAGAAUUAAAGCCACAGAUAGCAAAAAAGGUCCAAAUGGCUACUCAUGGGAAAAUAAAGAAGAAGUAAAUCCAAAAGAUUUCAUCAUUGAAAAUGCUAAAGAUGAAACUAUUGUAAGAUUGCCUGGGUCUGUCAAAGGACAGCAGUUCAUUAUUCAAAACUGUGAAAAUAGUAACAUUUAUAUCUAUGACCACAUAAAUACCAUCACCGUGGAUGAUUGUAAUGGAUGUACUGUUUUUAUUGGUCCAACAAAAGGAAGUGUUUUCUUACGAGAUUGUGCAGAAUGUCGAUUUCUGAUUGUCUGUCAACAAUUUCGUGCAAGAGAUUGCAAAAUGGUUGAUAUUUUCCUGUGCUGUGCAACACAGCCCAUCAUUGAAUCAUGUAAUGAUAUAAGAUUUGGUUGUUUCUGUUACAACUAUGGGCCUUUGGAAGAUCAGUUCAAAAAUGCCUGUCUUAGUAUAUUUAAUAACAACUGGAGCAACAUUCAUGAUUUUACUCCAGCAGAGGGUGAAAGAAACUGGAGUCUCUUGCCUAAGGAUGCAAGAAUUGAGGAUUUUUUCCCAUUACCAUCUCCUGAAAAAUUGGGAGAUCUUCAAAUAUUAACUGAUCCUCAAAGCAGUCUUGUACCGCAGACUCAUGGAUGUUUACAAAGGUUUUCUAUGCAGUAUUGUCUUGUUGUAUUCUUUGCUGAUGGUCAUGCACAAAACCGUGCUUUAGCACUUAUUAAAGAAUUGGAACAAACUGAUAAUAUUUUACUUAGAACAAAAGAAAUUUUAUUGGAAGAAGAAGCCUCUGAAAGAAUAUUUGGAACAAACGCAUAUAAUAAAGUUGUCAAGAGAGGGCCUGUUAUAGGUUUAGAAUACAAUGGAAAGGACUGCAUAAACAUGUGCUUAGAAACUGCAAAAAAUAUUGCAACAUCUACUGGUUGCACUGGAUUAGUAUAUGUGAGUACUUGCCCCAAAACUGCUCGUAAGCAGAUUGAAAGCUUCUUCAGCCAUGCUGAUGUACAGCUGUCUAGUCAAUGAAUUGUUAAUAUAUGUGUAUUUAAAAUAUAAAUAUAUAGAUGAUAUGUAUUAGUUUAGUAAUCACCAGUUGUUCAUCCUGAAAAUAGUGAGUGAAAUCAUGAUGAUUUUUUUUUAUUAUUAUUAUUAUAUAACUACUGGAACAUGUUUUUGUACUGCAUGUUCUCUUUUGUGAAAUGAAAUAUAUAUAUAUAUAUAUAACCUAUACAUAUGUAUAUCAUCAAAUUCCAUCCUUUAGUAUUAAUAGCUUUAUGUGAGACUUUGUCCUUUUGAGUGAUUAUUAAUAAUUUUAACAUAAAAAUGACUAAUUCUAAUUAUUUAUAUAAAAUCCUUUGUAGGAUUUGUUGGCUAAUGUUGAAA